AUGAGUAGUGCAGAAGAAUAUUCCAAAGGUCUAGCUGGUAUUUAUGUUGCUAAAUCAAGCAUCUGUACUGUUGGUGUAAAAGGUGCUGGUUUAAACUAUCGUGGAUAUGAUAUAAAAGAAUUGGCUGCAAAUUCAACAUUUGAAGAAGUUGCAUUCUUGCUUAUCUAUGGUUAUCUUCCAACUGAAGAGGAGCUCUUGGGAUACUGCAGAACCUUGAGUUCACUACGUGAUAUUCCGGGUGCUCUCAAAGAUUGUCUCGAGAGAAUCCCAGCGUCGGCACACCCGAUGGAUGUCCUGAGAACCGGUUGUUCCAUCUUGGGUACAUUGGAGCCAGAGUCACCGACCAACAACCAAUUCCAAAUCGCCAAUCGUUUGAUUGCUUCGUUUGGUUCGAUGUUGCUCUACUGGCACCACUGGGUAUCGAGCGGUAAGAGAAUCAACUGUUUGACACUCGCAGAGGACUCGACUGCCAAGCAUUUCUUGAAGUUGUUGCGUUACGACGGUCAGGAGCCAUCGGCAUUGCAUGUGCGUGCCGUUGACGUAUCACUCAUUCUCUACGCAGAGCAUGAUCUCGCUGCAUCCUCAUUUGCCGCACGUGUCACCACCUCUACACUCACUGAUUUCUACUCUUCGAUCUGCACUGCCAUCGGAACUCUGAGAGGACCACUCCACGGUGGUGCCAACGAAGCUGCCAUGCAUCUUUUAGCUCAAUACUCAUCACCCGAUGAUGCUGAAUCUGGUAUUAUGAAAAUGUUAGCAAAGAAAGAAUUGAUUAUGGGAUUUGGACAUCGUGUAUAUAGAAAUGGUGAUCCAAGAAAUCCAAUUAUUAAAGAAUGGUCAAAACGUUUGGCCAAUGAACAAGGUGGUAAUAUGAAGUUGUUCGAGAUUAGUGAACGUGUCGAACAAGUUGUCUUCCGUGAGAAGAAGAUGUUCCCAAAUCUCGAUUUCUACUCUGCCUCUGCCUACAGCCAAGUUGGAAUUCCAACACUCUUCUUCACACCGGUCUUUGUCAUCUCUAGAACCACAGGAUGGGCAUCUCACAUCAUCGAACAACGUUCGGACAACAAGUUGAUCAGACCAUCUGCAAUCUACACCGGACCAGAAUCAAGACCAUACGUACCAAUUAAAGAAAGAAAAUCCGAAAAGAAAUCAGCAUCUCUUUGA